UUCCCAUCAGCUGUAGCACCGCAAGCAAAUUACCCUUGCUGACCGUGCUGACCGUGCAGUGCCUCGGGAAUUACAAUAUCGUAGCCCAGCAAUCAGGCGUAGAACACCAGCUCCAGUCGCUUGGAGUGAUGGAAAAGCCAGGAAGCAACGAGGGGUCUGGAAUUUACAUGUGCGAUACAUCACUGUCCUGGAGACCUUUGGCUGGGUCGCCUCCUCUCGACGCCCUCCAGCUGUUCUGUUUGAACGCAGGAUGUGGCUAUGUCCCCGAGCCUACCCCAGGUAUGGCUGUGGACCGCCGGUGGUCGUGGGUGCGGCUCCUGUAUCGCAACGACCAACCCGCAUGCAGCCUCACCCUCGUCGCCAACCACGCAGCAAUCACCGCCGCACACUGCGUGACUAAGAACCCAGCUUCGCGUGAAAUCCCCGACAUAGAUGAAUUCACGAUUGAAAUGCCAGGAUACACAGUCAAGCCGAAAAACAUAUUCAUCCACCCGCAAUACGACCCGAAUUCCCGCUAUGCCCACGACAUCGCAGUUAUCACUUUCAGUACUCACUCAAGCAACAUUCUGCCGACGGUGUGCAUCGCGGACGAAGCGGUCAUACCUUCCAGGGAGAGGAAGCAAGUGAUCUUCGUGCUCGCUGAGAAUCGCCAGACCCCCGAGUGGCAUACCCGCUCCUCAAAAUGGAGUACGAACUGCCUGGGACUCUCCCCGUCGAGCACCUUCUGCCGAGACCAGCUGGAUUUGAAGGAGAGUCAGUUCUGCGCGCAGUAUGAGGGAAUCGGCAUCACCAGCGGUUCAUCGGGAGGACCUUACCUGGCGGAUAUCGGCACAGGAGUGGACGAGGUUUGGGUGAUGAUGGGCGUGCUUUCCACCGUCAACACCGGCCCCUCUUGUUCCCAGGGGCACCUCGUCUACAGCAACGUGGCGAAUAACGCGCAGUGGCUGAAGGAGUGCGUGUUUUACGACCGUUGCAAUACCUUCUUCUCAACUCUCGUUCAGGGUAGAUGAGACGCUUUUUCUCUACCUGUGCUGUAAUGUGCUGGCCGUUGUCUGAAUCGAAGCUUUGAUAUACAUACGAAUGUACACACGUAAACACACAUAAGAGUAAAGUAUUUAGGCUUAAGUAUUAGUAGCAACGCCUGUACACAGAACGUAUGAAGAAGGAAUGCCUUUUUACCAUUAUAUCAAUAAAAUGAAUACUGUUGAA